AUGGCCGAGAACAACGCCGACAACGCGUGGCAGCUCACCGCCGCCACCCUAGUAGCCCUCCAGUCAAUGCCGGGCCUCGUCCUCCUCUACGGCGGGCUAGCAAAAAAGAAAUGGGCCGUAAACUCCUCCCUCAUGGCGGUCUACGCCUUCGCCGCCACCCUCAUAUGCUGGGUUGGGUGGGGCUACCGCAUGUCCUUCGGCGACCGGCUCACCGACUUCCUUGGGAAGCCGGCGCCGGCCAUGGACGACGGCUUUUUGAUGGGGCAGGCCUUCCUCGGCAGCUUCCCGGCGGCAACGAUGGUGUGGUUCCAGUUCGUGUUUGCGGCGAUCGCGGCAGUGGUGGUGGGCGGGGCGGUGGUGGGGAGGAUGAGGUUCGCGGCGUGGAUGGCGGUGGUGCCGCUGUGGCAUACGGUGUCGUAUACGGUGGGGGCGUAUAGUGUGUGGAAUGGGGAAGGGUGGCUGGCGAAGAUGGGUGUUAUUGAUUUUGCGGGAGGGUUUGUUAUUCAUUUAUCUUCAGGUGUUGCUGGAUAUACUGCUGCAUAUUGGGUGGGGCCGAGGAGCGACAGCGACCGAAAUUUUUUUCCACCAAACAGCAUAGUGAUGAUGCUCGCCGGUGCCGGGCUGCUCUGGAUGGGCUGGACUGGCUUCAACGGCGGCGCACCCUACGCCGCCACCGCGAUCGCCUCCCUCGCCGUGAUCAACACCCACGUGUGCGCCGCCGCAAGCCUCCUCACAUGGCUCCUCCUCGACAUGACCCUCUCCGGCAAGCCCUCCGCCUCCGGCGCCGUCAACGGCGCCAUCUCCGGCCUCGUCUGCAUCACCCCCGCUGCCGGCCUCGUCCAGUGCUGGGCCGCCGUGCUCAUGGGCCUCAUCUCCGGCAGCCUCCCGUGGUACACGCUCCACCGGGUGGCCCUCCUCCGCCGCGUCGACGACCCCUUCGCCGGAUUCCACACCCACGCCGUCGCCGGAGCUCUCGGCGGCGUACUCGCCGGAGUUUUGGCGGCGCCGGAGCUCUGCCGGAAAUUCUACGGCGAGGCGGCCGGCGGCGGGGGGAAGUACGUCGGCCUCGCGUACGCGCUCGGGGGGUCGGGGCGGGCCUCGGCCGGGGUGAGGCAGGUGGGGUGGCAGAUCGUGGGGGUUGUGUUCGUUGUGUGUUUGAAUGUGGUGGUGAUGACGGUGAUUUGUUUGGUGGUGAGGGUUUUUGUGGCGCUUAGGAUGAGUGAGGAGGAAAUGGAAAUGGGGGAUGAGGAGGUGCAUGGAGAGGUGGCUUAUGGGAUUGAUGAUCAGUCUAGGUUUGUUGAUGCUAAGGUGAAUUCGAUUUAUGAUGUUGAUGAGGUUGCUAUCUCUAAAACACCCACUUAUCAAAUGCAUAGGGUUUGAUGUUGUAAGUACUACAUUUCUUGUUCCUAGUAAGAUUUGAUGCAAUGCUAUUUUGCGAGUUAAGUGAAGAUUCGAUUCAAUGUUAUUUUGCGAAUUUAGUGAAAAGAGAGUAGUGUUUACAUUUGAGGAAAUACUUCCAACAAAGUGGG